AGUGCUGAACCAGUAAGAGGUCUGAACCAUUAAGAGCUAGUAUAUUGCUUAACUAUUCAGAGGCAAAUGUCUGAUCAAUUCAGAUAAGAGGUCUUAACCAUUCAGACUCUGUAUAAUACUUAACCAUUCAGAGGCAAAUCUCUUAACCAUUCAGACAUCUGAACCAUUAAGAGGCUGAAACAAACAGUCUGAACCAUUAAGUGCUGAACCAUUCAGACAUCUGAACCAUUAAGAGGCUGAAACAAACAGCCCCUAACUUAGUUAAUAGAAUGUCUGAGCAAGUUGGAGGAAUUUGCACGGAAGAUCUCACCCCUGCAUAUGAAACUUAUGAAUACUAUGACUUGCCUUUCUGCUCUCCAGGCCAAGUGAUACACAAGAAGGAAUCCAUUAGGGAGGUUCUCAAUGGAGACCGUUUAACCAACACCUUGUAUGAGUUGAAGUUUGCAGUGAAUAAAUCCCAUGUUUUUCUGUGCCGUAAGAACCUCAGCAGUGAUGAGGUAGCUAAAUUCAGGAGUGCUGUCGCUAACGAUUUCUACUUUCAAAAUUACUAUGAUGACCUCCCAUUUUGGGGAUUCAUUGGGAAAGUAGAGGACCAAAAUUGGACUUUUGAUGGAAAAGGACCCAACAAGUAUCUCCUCUUCAGUCAUGUUCGGUUUGAUGUUCUAUAUAAUGACAAUCAAGUCCUUGAAGCACACGCCUUUAGUGAUCCGAAUCACACUGUUGAUAUAACAGAUGAUAUUGAGGUUGAUGUUGAGUUCAGUUAUUCAGUGUUCUGGAAGGAGGCCCCAACUAAGCUUAAGAGCAGAAUGGUUAGAUAUUCAAAGGCUUCCCUACUUCCCCUGCUGCAGACAGUUCAUUGGUUCUCAUUCAUAAAUUCAGUUGUUAUCACCUUUCUGCUGACAGGGUUUCUCGUCGUGGUUCUAAUGCAACACCUGAAGAAUGACCUUAGGAAGUAAUAUUAUGUUGUGAUUCUUAGUUAUAAUAAUGCUGCCCUAAAACUGCUACUUGCUAUGGACCAGUGUGCAUGGCUGUGUUUAUAUGUAAUGUUUCCGUGCUGGAUAUAUGCCUAGAUUUUCUGGUGGAGAUGAAGAGGAAGAUAAGGAAGUGGGGUG